AACAAUAAUAAUAAUAAUAAUAAGUCAGAUUAAUAAUAAUCUCAGAAAAUACAUAUUAAUUAAUAUUGUUUUAACAAUUGAAACACUACUACUGUUCAAUUAUAGUUUACAAUAAAUUGACUAUUGAAUUAUAAUAAUAAUAAUAAUUAUCAUGAUGUCAGUGAUGAUUGAAAACAAAUCAGUUUGUUAUGUUUUAUUCUAUGUUGCUAUUGGCUUUGUAAUAUUUCUAACAAAUAUUAGUGCAGAAUACAAUGAAGGAUUAUUAUAUAACCCCAGAUUCAAUGUAUUAACAAAUAAUAAACGUUGGUUUCCUGUGAAAGAAUUUCACUACGAUGAACCAUUAGAAAUUAAAAAACGGUCUCAAAUAUUUUAUAAACGUUGGUUUCCUGUGAAAGAAUUUCACUAUGGUGAACCACUUGAAGUGAAAAAACGAUUUCACAUUCUUAAUAAACGUUGGUCACCUGUGAAAGAAUUUCAUUAUGAUGGACCAAUAGAAGUAAGAAAAUGAAAACCAUAUGAUCAAUGUGAAAUAUCAAGAUUAUUUGCUUGACACAUCAGUAUUACAUAAUCUGUUCAAUAGUCAAUGCAUAACUUGACAAAACAGUAUCAACAUUUAACAUAUAACAUAUAUAUUUAUAUAUAUAUAUAUUGAUUUAAAUUUCUUUGAAAAAAAA